UGUCCGGGACUAGCUGAAACCGUUACGCCAUCUUGGUUUUAGGCGAUCAUAGAUCGCUUGGUUUUACAGGGUGCUAGCGUUCAUACGAGCGCGUUAGGGUACAGUUGUACCCACCAUAUUCUUUUACUUCACACAACUACUUUGCCAUCUGAUUGUUUAUAAUAAUUUGUUCAUAAAGAACUAUACAUUUUUUUUAUUUGGGUGGUCAACAUGGCAUUCUAAAAAUGAUGUCUCAACUUUGCGUACAACCCAACUCUGCACUGCAGACAGAUUUGGUCUCAGACCCUUCUUUUUAUUGUAUUGUUGAUGUUAAACGAAGGCAGUGGUGCAAUGGACAAAAAACUUCAGCUCCGUUCAUCACCUGUUCAGCCUAAAAAUAAUGGUGUCAUCGCUGAAAAAAAAAGUGAUUAUGGACGACCACGUAGACAGAGAGAGCCAGGCAGCAAUGGAGGAAAAUCACAAGAACUUUCCCAAAAUUCAAGACAGAUUCCUCGGUCUAAUAGAAAUUUUAGUGACAAGAGGCCGAGACCGAGAGACAGUUUUAAUGAUAGACAAAGUGAAGAGGUAGCUGAAGUUGUUGACAUUUUUGAUGUAACCAACACAAGCUCUCGUAAGGGCAAUGCAAAUCAUUUGCUAAAAUUCUCCUAUGGUACGCGCAGUGAGUUAGGAAACUAUGAUAACUGGAGAUAUAACGGGGGCAGAUCUGGCAAUGGGCGACGUUUUUUCAAAAAGACACCGGCUGUACGCUACAGCAAAGAACAGUUUUUGCAAGCUAGUUGUCAGUUUGUUGUUCGAGAAGAUGGGGAAUAUUCUGAGCAAGCCAUAGAUCCAGAUGCGUUAGUUAACUGGGACAAGGUAGAAUUAGUGAGGACAUUUUCAACAGAAACUGUAACUUGUCCUAUUUGUCUUCAAGUUCCGUUUGCUGGUAAGAUAACAAAAUGUGGGCAUACUUACUGUUGGGCCUGUAUACUGCACCAUCUUGAUGAAGCAGACAAUGGAGGACAAAAUAAAUGCCCUGUUUGUCCCAACAGAAUAUCACCAGAUGAGCUAAGAAGUGUACAAUGUAUUGAGGUACCUGAAUAUAAGGUGGGUGAUGAGAUUGAGAUGAGAUUGAUGCGCAAGAGCAAGGGUAGUGUGUAUACAUCACCAAAAGCCAACUGGAGAGAAAGAUGUGGUAUUCCUCAUAAUAUUAAUGAUGGCGAUGUUACCAAUUUUAUGAAGCUGUUAUUGGCUACUAAAGAUCAGGUACAGAAUCAGGUAAUAGAUUUUGAGAAAGCUUCACUUGCAGCACAUCUCCUAGAUGCUGAAGAUUAUGAAGUUUGCUACAUAGAUAUGGCCAAGAACAUGCUGGAGAAGCGUGAAAAUAAAUUAAAAGCUACAGUCUCGUUUGAUACAUCCACUAUUGACAUUGAAAAGUCAGCUACAAUACCUGACAGUACUCCUCUUGCAGCAGGCAUUUCAUUUGAUGGUACUAAAAUUGCUAUACAGUAUGCAGAUGCAUUUGAAAAUGUAGAACAGCAAACAACUACAGAAGAAUCUACCAACACAGAAACCCCAGACCCCAAUGAUUCAUUGACUCCUAAAGCCUUUUCUGAAAAGGGCCCUAACUCAGAAACAAUCAAACCUGAACUGUCAUCUUUAGCCCUUAGUCAAGGGAUAGAUAACUCUCAGCUGUUGACACCAGAGGAAGCUGCUGAUUAUUUAGAAUUGCCAGAGAGUGGAAAUGCUGUUCAACAAAAUGUUAUGAACCGUUCCAAGGAUACUUAUUAUUUUUAUCAAGCAUCCACUGGACAACAGAUUUACCUGAAUUCACUGAAUGCCCAAUGCUUAACCAAGGAGUAUGGUAGCCUUGAAAAUAGCCCAGAAGUAAUCAAAGCUAGUAUUGUUGCUAUUGAACGUAUAUUUAUGACAGAAGAUAUCCGCAAACGUCUUAGGUAUCUAAAUCAUAUCCCUUUGACAUGUGAAUUUCAUGUGGUGGAGCUUAAAAUCCUACCACCAAUCAUAAGUAAAAGCACUCUAAGACACUUUCAGCCUGAAUUUGAAAAACGGCGAAGAGCUAGACAGAAAAAACAAAAAGAUGAUAAAAUGAGAGCAAAGCAACAAGAAGUUGAACAUAAAAAGUCUUUUGGGAUUUUCCCUGAAGUUGAGAUUCCACUGGACAACUUGACCCAGUUUCCAUCUCCUUUAUCAAGUUACCACAGUGAAGAGGUUUUAUCCAGUCCUGCAGCUGUUGGUGGUGUCACAAGACCACAGGUGGAUGAGACCUGUGGAGGAGAAAUCAAACCUGGAGCAGGUCCAUGGGGAAACAGAACACGAACUGACAGUGAAGGAAGUCAGACUGGUUCAGGGACUAUGUCUUUUGCAGCUAUGCUGAAAGAGGGUAAAUCUGUACCCCAAACCAGUGUAUGGGGACGUGGGUCAUCCCAACAUAGCCCCACUCUUACUUCAUCUGCCACCAUGCCAGAGCUGAGGUCACCAACAGGUCAUUAUGGUAUAAUUGAUGAAGAUGAAGAUGCUGAAUAUCUUCCUGCCCCACCCAUUGCUGCAUCUUGGUUUGAUGACAUAAGUAGAGCCAUGGAUGCCCAUAUUGUGGAGAGACAUUCUAAAGAGGAUGGUCCUUCUCCUAGCAGCAGUGGUGGGAAAAAGAAAAAGAAGAAAGAAAAGCAACUGCUUUUUUCAACAACGAUGGCACGUAAAAAGUAAAGAGAGAAUUGAUUUUAAACAAAACCCCUAAUGUGAAUAUUACUAUCAUAUUUUACAUUGGAUUUUCUGUUCAUUCUGUUUUGUUUUUUAAAUUGUUAUUCUGAUUUUAGAAAUUACUUAAGUAAUGCUUAUGAAUUACCACCCCCCAUUAAGAUUUUUUAUUUUAAUUAGUUAUUUUUUACAAAUAUAACUUAGCGAUAACCUUGUGUGGAAUAAUCAUAAUUUUUCUAAGUUUUCAAAUUUGUUAAGAAUCAGCAUACAAUAAAAGAUGUGUGUACUAAAGGUGAAUGUUCACAAUUUUUUGUGUAAAUCGACCUGAGUACAAUAUAUAAUUGUAAUGUGAUACCUUUAUUUCAGGCUUGUUACUUUAUAAUGGCAUUGCAAAACAUACUACUUGAUGAGUAGUUUCAUUUGCUGUAGUUAAGUACUAGUAAGAAUGAUGUGAAGUUUUAAACUAAAUAGAACUGUCUUUCAUACUGAGCCAACUGGAGUUUUUUUUGUGUAUAUAACCACAGGCAAACACUGCUGUCCCAGGAUAUAUGUAAAUAAAUGCAGUUUUUCAAGAUCAUUUGGUUUAUUUUUAUUCACUGAGUAAGCAUUUUGGUUUACUUUUAAAGAAAGAAGUUGUAUAUCUAGUUUGUUUUAAAGAUAUUUUCUUAAGUCACAUUUGUUCAAUUCCUGUUUAAUUUAAUGCAUUGAUUAAACAUUGAAUAUAUAUAUAUAUAAAUAUUUAGAGCAACUUUCAGUUAAAAUUGUGUUUUGUGGCAUUAACACUACUCUGAUUUAAGAAUUUUUUUCAGUUGUGUACUUCCUUACAUUGCAUUAGUUGUGUUGCAUUAAUCAUAGUAUUUUUCUAUUUUAUACCAGCUUGAUAUAUUAAUUACUGCCCAUUUUUAGUAUAUGAGGACAGUCUUAAUAGUUUUCAAUUUGAUGGUGUUGGAAAUAAAGUACCCAC